CUUAUCUUGACAAGCACAGGUUACUGAGCGAAUGCGGUGGCCGUACUUAAACGGGCUCGUGAUGCUGAGUCGCGUUUGUGUGCGACCUUCUUCCUCACGUCAACCUUCCUUCGGACCUCCUUUCCCAGCGCCUUGAUGCCAUUCUGGGAUCGCAAUGGCCGGCAGACAAAAGAGCGUGACCGAAAUCGAUGCCGGGGACGAGUCGAGGCUUGCUGAGCUUGGCUAUGCUCAGGAGCUGAAAAGAGACUGGAGUGUGCUGCACAACUUUGGCGUCUCCUUUUCAAUCAUCAGCGUCAUCACAGGUAUCACGACGCUCUUCAGCUAUGGCUUGAACACUGGCGGGCCCGGCGUCAUGACUGUCGGGUGGAUCAUCGUCUCCUUCUUCACCAUGUUUGUCGCGAUAGCAAUGGCCGAGAUCGUCUCUGCCAUCCCGACCGCCGGCGGGCCGUACUUCUGGGCUGCUAUGCUGGCUCCACACAAGCUAGCGCCCUUCUUCUCGUGGUUCACUGGCUGGUUCAACUUUGUGGGGCAAUUCGCCGUGACCACGGGUAUUAGUUUCGGCUGCGCGGGUCUGAUCAGCACGACUGCGACGGUCAUGAAUCCGGACUACACGCCUACGCCAGGCAAAGUGAUCGGUAUCUACGCCGCGAUCCUGGUCUCCCACGGUUUAGUCAACAGUUUCGGCGUGCACAUCCUCCGAUACUUGAACAACACUUCGAUCGUGUUGCACAGCCUUGGCGUUGCGUCGCUGGCCAUUGCCGUCGUCUCCAAGGCACCGACACACCAAUCUGCAAAGUUCGUCUUCGCGACCUUCUACGACGGAACGGGCGAUCCAGGUUGGAGUGUGCGCGCAUCGCCUGCCUACGUGUGCAUCAUCGGUAUCUUGCUGUCUCAGUACACGAUUACUGGCUUCGACGCAUCUGCACAUCUGUCUGAGGAGACGCACAAUGCCAGCCGAAGCGCGCCGAUCGGUGUCAUUACCAGCGUCCUCGUGUCGGCCUUCUUCGGCUUCUUCCUGCUCCUCUGCUUGCUGUUCAGCAUUCAGAACUUCGAGGCAACCCUCAACUCGCAGUAUGCUCAACCGGUUGUCCAGAUCUUCGUCGACGUCUUUGGUGAGAAGGGAGCUAUGGUCGCCAUGACGCUGGUUAUCCUCUGCGUGUGGCAUUGCGGUCUCUUCUCCUUGACGUCAAACAGCCGCAUGAUGUUUGCUUUCAGUCGUGACGGCGCUCUACCAGCCUUCUUUGACCACGUCGACAAACGUUUCAAGAGCCCCAUCAGGACGAUCUGGCUUGCUGCCACCCUAGCUUUCAUUCUCAGCUUGCCAAGCUUGGGCAGCUCCGUCGCAUUUGCGGCCGCUACGUCCAUUGCCACGAUCGGUCUGUACAUCAGCUAUGCGACACCCAUCGCCAUCGCCAUCAUUUGGCCAGGAAACUUCAAGAAGGGCGUCUUCAAUCUGCGAGGCGCGUCCAGGAUCAUUGGCGCAAUCGCCGUACUUUGGGUCGGCUUCAUCACGAUUGUGUUCUGUCUUCCAGAGCUCAAUCCCGUGGACAGCCAGACGCUUAACUAUACGCCCGUAGCCGUCGGAAUCGUUCUUGUUUGGACACUUGGUUCGUGGUUCCUGUGGGCGCACAAGUGGUUUACUGGCCCAAGGAGGCAGAUUGAAUUGGAGCAGGCGGGUGUCGAUAUCACGGACCCGGCUGCGAUCGAAGAAGCUGAGAAGGCCGGUGUUGUGGGUGACAAGAGAAUGGAUUAAUGGAAUCUUUUCAAGUUAGUCUACCGACAGCAUUUAAUAGUUUGUUCAAUGUAAAUUUCGCUGCCUGUAAUCUUAAGA